AAGAAGCUGUGGAAAGCCAUCCCCUCGCCUCACACAGCCAGCAGCAGCAGGUAGCUAGCUAGGACGGCCAUCUCACUCAGCUCAGCUCAUACAGCACACACCCAAUAAGCAAGCAAGCAAUCAAUGGAGGGUAAGGAGGAGGAUGUUCGGCUUGGCGCCAACCGUUACUCGGAGCGUCAGCCCAUCGGCACGGCGGCGCAGGGCACGGAGGAGAAUUCGAAGGACUACAAGGAACCCCCGGCGGCGCCUCUGUUUGAGGCUGAGGAGCUGACGUCGUGGUCCUUGUACCGCGCCGGGAUCGCCGAGUUCGUGGCCACCUUCCUCUUCCUCUACAUCAGCAUCCUGACGGUGAUGGGGGUGAGCAAGUCGGGCAGCAAGUGCGGCACCGUGGGCAUCCAGGGCAUCGCCUGGUCCUUCGGCGGCAUGAUCUUCGCGCUGGUGUACUGCACGGCGGGCAUCUCCGGCGGCCACAUCAACCCGGCCGUCACCUUCGGGCUCUUGCUGGCGCGGAAGCUGUCGCUCACCCGGGCGCUCUUGUACAUGGUGAUGCAGUGCCUGGGCGCCAUCUGCGGCGCCGGCGUCGUCAAGGGCUUCCAGCAGACGCUGUACAUGGGCGCCGGCGGAGGCGCCAACUCCGUCAACCCCGGGUACACCAAGGGCGACGGCCUGGGCGCCGAGAUCGUCGGCACGUUCGUGCUCGUCUACACCGUCUUCUCCGCCACCGACGCCAAGCGAAGCGCGCGUGACUCGCAUGUCCCCAUCCUCGCGCCGCUCCCCAUCGGUUUCGCCGUCUUCCUCGUCCACCUCGCAACCAUCCCCAUCACCGGCACAGGCAUCAACCCAGCACGCAGCCUCGGCGCCGCCAUCGUCUACAACAGGUCCAACGCAUGGAACGACCACUGGAUCUUCUGGGUUGGCCCCUUCAUCGGCGCCGCUCUCGCCGCCAUCUACCACGUGGUCAUUAUCAGGGCCAUCCCCUUCAAGAGCCGCGACUAAUUAGCAUACAUGCAAUGCAAGAGAUCAGGCUCCAAUAUAAUCAAGUCUUGUUAAUUAUAUGUGCUAGUGCUGCGUGCUCGCUCCUUCUUCGCUGUCGUCUCAUCGAUCUACCUAUGUUCGUGUGAGCUAGCUACGUACUAGCUAGUGUGUGAUAUGAUGCCAAUAAGGCCGCCCGGUGUUUCUUGAUUAUUGCGCCUUCCCAUGCAUCUGCAGUGUGCAAUGCACUUGUGAGUUGUGUUUAGUUUUCUCACUUGGAGUUUGGUGAAGUAAACUAAGCAUGCAUGCAUAUGUAAAUUUAUCGCCUAGCUAGCUAUUUCCCUCCUUCUAUAUGUAUGCUUUGCGCAACAUAUAUAGACACAGUCUCGAUCUUCAUCAACUCAAAUUCAAGUGUAUGACAAUAAUAAAAAGGAAGAAGAAGACUCCCUGUUUAUGGUGUUGCACCGAUUUCA